AUGAACAAAAAGUUACUCAUUGCUCUCCCCAUUUUGGCCCUCGCCACCUUCGGUGCUGUCUUCUUCUUAGCCUAAUAAAAGGGUUUGAAGGCUUCCAAUGCCGUUGACAACGUUAGCUUCUCCUAAUGGUAAUCUUGCUCUGGUACCACUGGUACUCCCAUUUCCUGCAAGGAUGCUGAUAACAUUUCUGCUUGCAGAAAAGCCUCCACUGAUGUUGGUAACUUGACCCAAGGUACCUCUUAAAUCCAACCCUGCUCUGACUUCUACAACAAGAUCUACAAUCCCCACAAGGCUGAAGAUUUAAUCAACAACAAUGGUUUCUACGUUAGCUGUUACACCAACUCCUACGUCAUUGCCGCUGCUAAGCAAUCUACUUUCUUCUACGAUAAGAUCUUCGCUCCCCAAUACCUCAUUUGCGCUAAGCUCUCUGCUUGA